UGGUGUUUUGCCUGUGUGUGUUUGUAUGAGGAUUUUGGAUAUUCUGGAGUUACAAAAACUUGGUUCUUAAUAACAUUUAUUUGUGUCCAUAUGAAUGCACAUAUGUGCAUGCUCAUAUGUUCACAGAUAUCAGAGAACAACCUUCAGAAACUGGUUUCCUUCCAUCACAUGGGAUCCCAGGAUCAAAUUCCAGUUGUCAGUCUUGAUAGCAAGCAUCUCUACUUACUGAGCCACCUUGCUGGGUCUACUGGUUUUUUUUUUCUUUAAAAACAAAACAAAACAAUACAAUGCUUCUACUCCAAAUAAAUUAUGGUUAAAAAAAAUAAAGCAGGUAAAGAGAUGGCUCAGCAACACUUAACUGCUGUCUUCCAAAGAACCCCAGUUGUUUUCAGCGCGAAAUGGCAGCUUACAACUAUCUGUAACUUCAAUUCCAAGGGCUGUGACACCCUAUUCUGAUCUCCAUGGCACCCAGCAUGAACUUGACACAUGUAUAUGAAUAUGUGCAAGAAGAACUAAACAUAAAAAUAAAUCUUCUAAAGAAACCUCAUGAGGUCAUGAGGUGGCUCUGUGGGUAAAAUUACUUUUCUGGCAAGCCAUGAUGACCUGAAUUUUCCUGGAACCCAGUUCUAUUGUACACAUCUGUAGUUUCAUUGCUCUUAUGCCAAGUGGGGAUGUAGAAAGAGGAAAAUUGCCUAGAAAGUUGUGGACCACCUAGCUAGAUUGCACAUUGCUAUAUAAAUCACCAGGAAGAUCCUGCCUGCCUCAAAACAAGGUGGAAGCCAACCAGCAACUCCAGAAGUUGUUCUAUGAAUUCCACAUAUACAGCGCAGUAUGCCUGUGCUGCAUUCAUGCCCAUACACGUAACAAAGAUCAAGAUGAUAUUAGUCCCACUUGUCUUGAGCCCUGGUAUUGUCUGGGUGAGGAGCACCGGCCAGAUAUCACAGUGUGGAAUAGAUCCCAUUUGGUUAGUAUUUUCCAUUUCUAAACUAUCAUUAAAAUCCUCUCUAGAGUCACAUCUUUUAUUUUAGGACUGCAACCCUGCCAAUUUGAUCCUAUGUUCCCAGUGACAAACUGGUUAUCAUUUAACUUAGCCCAGAUGUGCUUCAUUUAUUCUGCAUCCCUGACAGAAAGAUUUUGCAAUUUCUGGCCUCUGUUCCUCUCAUUUGCCUUUGAGUGAUUUCAUAUAAUCUUUGAUAUAUUUGAAGACUUUUUGUUGAAGUUUAUUCAUGACCAUCAACACCAGUGAUAUUAUGCUUUAAAAAUCUUUUUUGGGGCCUCAGCAGGGGCAUUUCCACCACUUCCAUUUCCAGGCAUAUGUCACAGGACAGCUCAUCAUAACCAAUGAGGUCCUAGUGGAUGAUUGUGAAGGUGACUAGAGCCAUGGCACUAGUUUAGAAGGGAAGAGAGGGGAGCCAGAGGAACAGGCUGUCCAAAAGUUAAAUUUUAUGUUUUAUAUUCACAACUAGGUUAGAUUAGCCAGUUUCCCACCUGCUGGUAAUUUUGGAUUACCAAAACUUGUGUUGCUUCCUUUUUAAGUUAAUUUAACAACCUGUGUGCUGAGACAGAUAAUGGUAGCACACAGCUAGGCUACAUAAGAGUCUGUCUCAACAAACUACCAAAACUUCUCUGCCCUACAUCUGGGGAUAUAGUUCACUUGAACUCAUGAAUGCUUGCCUACCUUUCAUGGAUAUGGCCCUAAUACUUGAGAAAUGGAGCCAGAGGAUCAGGAAUUCAAAGUCAUCCUCAGCAACACAGUGAUCAGGGACUAUCCUGGUCUACAUGAACUGUCUCCUCCUGCCUCCCAAAAAAGUCAAACAAGGUCAAGUCUCAGGGCUAUUUUGAUCAACUCAGUUCUUUUUUUUUUCUUUUUCUUUUUUCAAGACAGGGUUUCUCUGUAUAGCCCUGGCUGUCCUGGAGCUCACUCUGUAGACCAGGCUGGCCUGGAACUCAGAAAUCCGCCUGCCUCUGUCUCCCAGAGUGCUGGAAUUACAGGCGUGUGCCACCACUUCCAGGCCUUUAUGAGACUGACGUGCUGCCUACUGCCCUAACGAGGCACCUCCAACUCAGUCCUUAACCAUUGCCAUUUUAAGGGUUUCCUAAUUUCUUUUGUACAUUUAUUUACCAAUAUGUAGAACUUCAUAUCACACAAUACAUACAUUAUAAGUAAUUAUUGUCUUGUGUUUGCUUGAGAGAGGUUCUUGCUAUACAAACUAGGCUGGUCUGGAACUCUAUAUGUAUUCCAUGGUCUCCUGAAUACUAGUAUAGAAAUGAGCUACCAUGUGCCCAGUGGUCUCUGAUUUUUAUGAGUGCUUAUACCAGUAAGUAAUCUAUAACUAAUGAAUAAAUCUUCUGAUAAUUGGGCCUCAGAGACUUGAAUGUGAAGUAAAAUGCCAGGCAUCUGAAGAUUUGCAUUCAUUUUGUCAAUUCCAUUCCUGUUUAGCACUGGUCCCCAAGUUCAUUGGUCAUGGCUCCUCGUUCACGGCGGCGAAAGCACAAGAAAGCCCCACCAGGGAUUCCCAUCCUUGAAAUCCCACCCACAGAAGUGUCUCCAGUGCCUCCAGCCCUCUCAGAACCUGGCCCUAGCAUUGAUGCACUUGGCUUCAGUUCUUUGGACAGUAAUGUCCCAGGUCUGUCCCAGUUGAUCCUCCAAAAGCUGAACAUGAAAAGCUAUGAAGAAUACAAGUUGGUGAUAGAUGGGGGAACCCCAGUAUCAAGCUUUGGAUUUCGAUGUCAACAAGAAAUGUUCCAGAAGAUGGAGGACACGUUCAGAUUCUGUGCUUAUUGUAAAGCACUCCCUCAUGGCCUUUCCAAUUGCAAGGUUCUCCGGCACUGUAAGAGGUGCAGAAAUGUCUAUUAUUGUGAUACCGAGUGCCAGAGGUCAGAUUGGCCAGCUCAUAGGAAGGUUUGUCGAGAGCUCCGUCUGGUGGCUGUGGAUCGUGUCAUGGAAUGGCUUCUGGUCACAGGUGAUUUUGUCCUACCCUCAGGACCUUGGCCAUGGCUGCCUGAAGCUAUACGGAAUUGGGAUACCUGGUUUUCUAUGAGGGGUUUACAGCUAGAAUCUACAUUGAAUGCUCUUCUGGGUAGUCACGCUAUGACCAUGCUUUGGGCAAAUCUAGGAAGGCCACGGCCAGACCCAGAUGUCUUGCAUGGCUCUUUGAAGAGGCUGAUGACAGAUGUUCUGUCACGACCCUUGACCCUGGGCUUAGGGCUUCGGAUUCUGGCGAUAGAUGUUGGAAAGACUGGGGGAAGCACAUUGCAUGUGGUUGGCGCUUCCCAUGUGGAGACAUUUCUCAUUCGUUCUGGAGAUUAUGACGAGCUUGGCUACAUGUUUCCUGAACACCUUGGCCUUCGUGUGAUCAUGGUGGGUGUAGAUGUGGGUACUGACCUUUUACAGAGUUCCUCAUCUUUACCCCUGGAGCCUGGAACAAUUCAGCUUAGUGGCCACAGGGCCCUGUAUCAUGACUUCUGGGAGGAGCAGAUAGAGACUGGGAAUCUGGCCCAUCCAGAUUUGGUGGCGGCAUUCCAUCCAGGUUUCCACGCCUCCCCAGGCUUGAUGGAAGCUUGGCUACCCACCCUGCUGCUACUUCGUGACUAUGAGAUUCCAACAUUGAUUACUGUUUACAGCCAACAGGAAUUGGAAGCCUCUUUGCAGAUUCUGGUGAACUUGGAUACACACAUCAUUGCUUGUGGAGCUAAUCCUUUCGCAUCCCUCAAACCAGAACAGGUCUAUUCUAAUCCCAACAAGCAACCAGUAUACAGCAGUGCCUACUACAUCGUGUUUCUUGGAAGUUCCUCCUGCCAAUUAGAUAAGAAACAACUAGAAGAAAAAAGCACAAUUUUUUCUUCUAUCUGAAUUCCUGGAAAAUGAAAGCUUAAUCAAAUUACUCUGUUGAUGUCAGAUUUUUGCCACUUUUGAAACCUAUUGUUGUAUGCUAAACCUUAUUCACAAUUCAAGUAAAGAUUCUAAACCAAUAGAAGUUAA